AUGUGCGGAGCAGACGCUUAAGUCGGAGGUGCUGGGAGUUAUAGUUUUAUAGGCACUUUUAGAGGUGGGGGGAAGUCCUAAACCCACCUCUCUGGACUUCAAAGGAAUUUAGUUGCAUUACUGAUGCGCCUCGGUCUCUCCUCUCAGAAGGUGAAGGAGCCGAGUACAGUGGAUUAUACAUCAUCCUCACUCACAACGACAACACUGCGACAGGGAGAGGUCACGUCAUUGUCCUGGACGCACCACCUGUAACAGCGCUUCCCACUCACACUCUGCGCUUCCCAUUUAUACUCUGCUCUUCCCACUUAUACUCUGAUCUUCCCACUUAUACUCUGCUCUUCCCACUCACACUCUGCGCUUCCCAUUUAUACUCUGCUCAUCCCACUCACACUCUGCUCUUCCCACUUAUACUCUGAUCUUCCCAUUUAUACUCUGAUCUUCCCACUCACACUCUGCGCUUCCCAUUUAUACUCUGCUCUUCCCACUUAUACUCUGAUCCUCCCACUUAUACUCUGCUCUUCCCACUCACACUCUGCGCUUCCCAUUUAUACUCUGCUCUUACCACUCACACUCUGCUCUUCCCACUUAUACUCUGCUCUUCCCACUCACACUCUGCUCUUCCCACUCACACACACUCUGCUCUUCCCACUUAUACUCUGCUCUUCCCAUUUAUACUCUGAUCUUCCCACUCACACUCUGCUCAUCCCACUCACACUCUUCUCUUCCCCCUUAUACUCUGCUCUUCCCACUCACACUCUGCUCUUCCCACUUAUACUUACUCUGCUCUUCCCACUCACACUCUGCUCUUCCCACUUAUACUCUGCUCUUCCCACUUAUACUCUGAUCUUCCCACUCACACUCUGCCCUUCCCACUUAUACUCUGAUCUUCCCACUCACACUCUGUGCUUCCCACUCACACUCUGCUCUUCCCACUUAUACUCUGAUCUUCCCAAUUAUACUCUGCUUUUCCCACUUAUACUCUGUUCCCAUUAUACUCUGAUCUUCCACUUAUACUCUGAUCUUCCCACUCACACUCUGCUCUUCCCACUUAUACUCUGCUCUUCCCACUAAUACUCUGCGCUUCCCACUCACUCUGCUGCUUCACUUCCCCACCAUCUCUUGCACAAGUUUCUGUCUCUGCUCAUUGCUACAUUGUAUGCAGGAUCUACCUCCUUGUUCAUUGGAAAAGGUUUCCAGAAGGUGGAAAAAUAUCACCUGAUUGACUGUGAUCCCCCCCCCCCAAACACACACACACAGACACACACACACACAGACACACACAGCAGUGUGACACACACACACACAUUAGGAGACCGCCCACCGCAGACAGCUAAGACCCCCUUAUAGAUUUAAAGAGAGACUGCAUUAGAGGCUGCUGUUCAUUCAAUAGCAGAGUCCGGUCCAUUAUCCCAUCUCUCCACUUGAGACUCUGCUCGUCCCACUCCCAGCACUGAGGAUGUUAAAUGAAAGGAUCCAGCCGGGCUUCAUUUUGCUCCUGACGGUGUCCCUGUGUCAUUUCAUGGAACAUCGCGCAGUCCAAGCUGGGAAUUGCUGGCUGCAGCAGUUGAAGAAUGGCCGAUGUCAGGUUCUCUACAGGACUGAUCUGAGCAAGGAGGAAUGCUGCAAGACUGGCAGGCUGGGCACCUCGUGGACACAAGAGGAUGUACCCAACAGCACCCUCUUCAAAUGGAUGAUAUUUCAUGGAGGGGCCCCACAUUGCAUCCCCUGCAAAGAAACGUGUGAGAACGUAGACUGUGGCCCUGGGAAGAAAUGUAAGAUGAACAAGAAGAACAAGCCAAGGUGUGUCUGCUCUCCGGAUUGUUCCAACAUUACCUGGAAAGGUUCAGUGUGCGGAAUAGAUGGCAAAACCUAUAAGGAUGAGUGUGCUUUGCUCAAAGCCAGAUGUAAAGGGGUCCCGGAGCUGGAUGUGCAGUAUCAAGGGAAAUGCAAAAAGACUUGCAGGGACGUGCUGUGUCCAGGCAGCUCCACGUGUGUGGUGGAUCAGACCAAUAACGCCUACUGUGUGACUUGUAAUCGGAUUUGCCCGGAUCCUUCCUCCCCUGAUCAAUAUCUGUGCGGGAAUGAUGGAAUAACCUAUAGCAGUGCGUGCCACUUGAGGAAGGCUACCUGCCUGCUGGGCAGAUCCAUUGGAUUAGCCUACGAGGGGAAAUGCAUAAAGGCCAAGUCUUGUGAAGAUAUUGAGUGCAGCGCUGGAAAGAAAUGUCUGUGGGACAGUAGAGUGGGUAGAGGUCGCUGUGCGCUGUGCAAUGAUCUGUGUGGAGAGAGCAAGUCAGACGAUACAGUGUGCGCCAGCGAUAACACGACCUACCCAAGCGAGUGCGCAAUGAAACAGGCUGCCUGCUCCUCGGGGGUUCUGUUGGAAGUCAAACACAGUGGAUCUUGCAACUCCAUUGUCGAAGAUACAGAGGAGGAAGAAGAGGAAGAGGACUACAGUUUUAUCAUAUCUUCAUGGUAACAGCUCCCAAAACUGUUGGAACAGCCUCUGGGCAAGAACACAUGUCCAUACUGUACAUAGGUGUAUGCUUAUUUAUUUUGGGAAAGAAAAAACAAACAAAGUAUACAUAUAGUUGAGUCUGGUAGACAUUUAUUUAUACUGUCAUGUUUUAUAAUUUAUACAUAAAAUAUCUGUUUUGACUGUACACCUUGUUUUGAAGAAAUAUAUUCGUCAAAGGAAGAGCAGUGUUAUUUAUUGUGAAAUAUCUUCGCUUGUAAAGUCCAGCUUUUCUUGUAAGUCCAUUCCUUAGAGUUGAUUGGCGGUAGCGUCCACUCUACUCAGCGAACCCCUUGAGCCUGCGCGGUGCCGAAAGAGAGUCGCGGGCGAGUUACGCAUUGCGCCUCCCGCUAGAGCUCAUGGGGUUCGGCGCUUUUCUUUCCAUGAACCCUGCAUGUCAGUUUCUAAAUGUUUAUUUAUUGGAUUCUCUCCUUUAGGGUAGGACUACGUGGACGUUUUCGGUGCGAUCCGACGCGCUGCAACAGAACACAGCGUGCAUCGUCUGCAUCUGGCAGUCGUGCCGCGUCGGAUCAACGAUGCGACUUCAUCGGACAUUUCUAUCUCUUACCUUAUUUCCGUCGCAUGCAAUUUGUCGGCAGCGUUUUGUCGCAUCGCGUCGGAUCGCGCCAAAAACGUCCAUGUAGUCCUACCCUUCAGUCCUGUACAUACAUCCUUCGGGUUUUGUUUACAAGGAAUCUUGACUGACCAAAAGAGACUGCAACAUAACGUAAAAAAAAAAAAUAUUCAUAUAUAUAUAUAAAGAUAUAUAUAUAUA